AUUCAACGUGAACCUGGUGUGCGGAGGCUCCCAACCCGAACACCACGACGUGGCCUUCACCUUUGACGUCCGCUUCAACUUCAGUAGCAACCGCAACCAGGUGGUUCGAACCCACAAGGCCGGGGGCAGCUGGGGCCCUGAGGAGCUGGACCAGAGCUACUUCCCGUUCUCCGGAAACGUGCCUUUUGAGAUAGUGAUCAUCGUGGAGCACCAUGGGUUUAAGAUUCACGUGAACGGCCAACAUUUCACCGACUUCCACCAUCGAAUCCACCCCAUCCAGAGAAUCACCCACCUCAACGUGGAGGGUGAUGUGAGGCUGACCCAGGUCAAAGUUUAA